AAUCCACACUCUAUUUCAAAUCAAAAGCCAUGAACACAAAACCAUCCACUUUCCUCUUCUCUCUCCUCCUUCUCCUCCGCCUCCUCGCCGCCACUUCCGGCGGCUCCCUCCGCAUCUUCCACAUUUCCACCCACUCCAAGCCGCUGUCAUGGGCCGACGAAGUACUCCAAAUGCAGGCCAAGGACGAAUCUCGUCUCCAGCUACUCUCCUCCCUCGUCGCCCGCCGCUCCGACGUGCCCAUCGCCUCCGGCCGCCAGGUGAUCCAGAGCCCGUCGUACGUGGUCCGGGCAAGCAUCGGAACCCCUGCCCAGACGCUGCUAUUGGCCCUGGAUACCAGCAACGACGCCACGUGGAUUCCGUGUUCCGGCUGCGUGGGCUGCCCGGGAACCUCCGUUUUCUCCUCUGAUCAAUCCUCCUCCUUCCGGCCGCUCCCCUGCCAGUCCCCGCAAUGCAGCCAGGUACCGAACCCCAGUUGCGGUACCAGCGCGUGCGGUUUCAACAUGACAUACGGCAGCUCGACGGUGGCGGCGGAUCUGGUUCAAGACAACAUAACGCUGGCGAGGGACUCAGUUCCGGCGUUCACAUUCGGGUGCAUCACCAAGGCCACCGGGAGCUCAGUGCCGCCGCAGGGGCUGUUGGGGCUGGGCCGUGGCUCAUUGUCGCUCUUGUCGCAGACCCAGAGUCUGUACCAGUCCACAUUCUCCUACUGCCUUCCCAGCUUCAAAUCGGCUAGCUUUUCUGGGUCGUUGCGGCUCGGGCCAGUGGCUCAGCCUAAGAGGAUUAAGUACACGCCGCUCCUCCGCAACCCGAGACGGUCGUCGUUGUAUUAUGUCAAUUUGAUCGCGAUUAGAGUCGGUAGUAAAGUCGUCAAUAUUCCUUCUAGUGCAUUCACUUUUAACACCGCCACCGGCUCCGGCACCAUCAUUGAUUCUGGAACGACGUUCACAAGACUAGUGGCGCCGGCGUACACUGCGGUGAGGGACGAGUUCCAGCGAAGAGUAGGCAAUGCAACCGUCUCAUCUCUUGGUGGCUUCGACACUUGCUACACCGUCCCCAUCGUCUCCCCCACCAUAACCUUCAUGUUCGACGCAAUGAACGUCACUCUCCCACCGGACAACUUCCUCAUCCACAGCACCGCCGGAUCCACCACCUGCCUCGCCAUGGCCUCGGCGCCCGACAAUGUCAACUCUGUCCUCAACGUUAUUGCCAACAUGCAGCAACAAAACCACCGUAUCGUCUUCGACAUUCCCAAUUCUCGUGUCGGUGUCGCCCGCGAACCGUGCUCUUAGAACGUGUCAUCUCCGAUUCCGGUGAUGUUUUACUUUCGGAGGUCUUAGGAUAAGAGUGUCCGGUCAUGGUUUGAGUUGGUGAAGGGGAAGGGGGUAAAAUCGUAAUUUUGAAUUGGUGUUGAAUUGAAAAAGAGUGUUUUAUGGUUGUGUUAUUGUGUUUCUUUUUA